AUACAAUAUUUUUACUAAUUACUACCGAUACAUCACCAUGCAAUCAAGAUAAAAAAACACAUAUUUUAGAGUUUUUUUUAGAUCAGGAGAAAAAAAAAUGUUUUCAAAAUUUCCAACACAAGCAGCCAAUCACAUCGUAUAUUUUCGGCCCAGGGAAUCAAAGCUGAGUUCAGGCCCAAAGGCCCGAGAGCCGACAUGUCCGUUGUCUUAAUUUUUGGCCCAGGGACAAAACCAAUUAGCCUUCUGGUCCGAAAGACACGCUGCUUUGCUACCAACGGAAAAUGAAGGCGUAUCUUUUUUUUUUUUUACGACGGCAGCUUCUUCCCCAAGCUGCAAAAUUCGUCUGCCUGCCAACAAAAACCUUCCCUAAAACCCUAGCUCUCUUCCACCAUUGCCAAUACUCAAGAGACCAUUCGAUCAGCUAGCGGCAAACCAGUGGUAGAUAGUUUCUUUGAGGCGGGAUUAACAUGGGGUUGACUAAUUUCAUCCUCACUAUCGCCGGCGUCAGCGCGGUGGUUCUCCUGCUGAGGAGCGACGUCAAGCAGUCCGCCGUCAUUCUCCGCCGCAACGUCAAGCACAUCCGCACCUGGCUCGAAGAAGAAUCAGCCGCCGCUUCCAAGACUGAGAAGGCAACACCAAAGGAAGUAGAAACAAAGGUUCCCCAUAAAGAAACUCCCAAGGAAGAGAAGAAGUAAGCAACUGCAAGAAGGAAGCUUGCAAUGUCUAGUUAGCCCUCCCAGGAUUCUAGUUAAGCCACUGUCAAAUAGUUCCUAUUCCAAGUUUUAUCGAUUAAUUGAGAUAGCGUAUAUUAAAUUCGUCAAAUUUUGGUCUCAUUUUUGCCUUGUAAUGUUCACCCAUUAGGUUAUGUUCAUGCUGAUGCUCCAGCCAGAAAAUAAUUAAUUAUACUUUGUUGUUUGGUUAAGAAAUAAAAGUUUUGAUGAGUUUCAAGGUUGUAGAAUUCGCAAACUAGUCACUUUGUGUAGUUAUUGAAAGUACAUAUUAAGUUUAUAAAAAUUGGAGAAAUAU